GGUGUGUACAUGUGUGUACAGGUGUGUACAGGUGUGUACAGGUGUGUACGUGUGUUACACAUGUGUACCUCCUCUUGGGGGGGGGUGGGUGCCCACGGGGGUGGCUGUCGUUGCUCCCACACUCAUUUACACAAUCCCAGGGAUCCUUCUCCCCUCUCCCCCUCUCCUCGGAUGGUUGUAAUAAUAUUCUGGCUCCUCUCCAAGUAUCGGGGUUGCCAUGGAAACAAUAAAACUGCAGCGAUUUCGGGCUCUGCCGUCUCCCAUUGUAAACGUGGAAGCGCUGGAGCGGGAAGGCGGCGAUUCCCGGUGUCCUCAGCCCCUGCUGGGGGACACUGCCCGUGCCCCCUGUGCUCACCUGGCCUGGCACACCCUCAGGGGUUCUGGGCAGGGGCAGGUGGCCAGCACAGGGCUGGGGGGUUUCUAUGGAAACUGUGGGAUGGUGGCUGGAAGCACCUUUUCCAUGGACCAAACCCAAAAUACACUUUGUGUGUGGAGGACCCGCCGUGGUGCUGCUCCAAAAUGCACAGGACCACCAGGAUAAAGAUCACUGAGCUGAACCCCCACCUGAUGUGCGCCCUGUGCGGCGGCUACUUCAUCGACGCCACCACCAUCGUGGAGUGUCUGCACUCCUUCUGCAAAACCUGCAUCGUUCGCUACCUGGAGACCAACAAGUACUGCCCCAUGUGUGACGUCCAAGUGCACAAAACCAGGCCCCUCCUCAGCAUCAGGUCGGACAAAACCCUUCAGGACAUUGUGUACAAACUGGUCCCAGGGCUUUUCAAAGAUGAGAUGAAGAGGCGCCGCGAUUUCUACGCCGCGUAUCCCAUGGCCGAGGUUCCCAACGGCUCCAACGAGGAUCGAGGGGAGGUGUCGGAGCAGGACAAGGGGAACCUGACGGACGACGAGAUCGUCAGCCUGUCCAUCGAGUUCUACGAGGGCUCCAGUACCCGUUUUGGGGCUGCUCCCAAACCUCUACCUGGGUUUGGGGCUCGGGAAGAAACUCCCACCUUCUGUCCCCGCUCUGGCACUGAGAUCGUGGAGUCACGGAAUGGUUUGGGUGCCUCUGUCCCCACCCCGGGGCCCUGACGGUGUCCCCCAUGUCCCCUGGGCCAGGUGGAAGUGCUGUAUGAAGAUGAGCCCCUGAAGGAAUAUUACACCCUGAUGGACAUUGCCUACAUCUACCCCUGGAGGAGGAACGGCCCCUUGCCUCUGAAAUACCGCGUCCAACCCGCCUGCAAGCGGCUCAAGCUGUCCCACCCCGCCCCUUCCGAGGGCACCAACACCAGCGGCGCCUCCGAGUGCGAGUCGGGCAGCGACAAAGCUCACAGCCCCGCCACGCUCCCCGCCACCUCCUCCUCCCUGCCCAGCCCUGGCACCCCGUCCCACGGCUCGCCCAGCUCCGGCACCGGCACCACCCUCAACGGCACCUCGAACUGCCACCCCCUGGCACCCACCGGCGCCCGGUGCCGCAAAACGACUGUGAACGGCAGCGCGGGCUCGGCUUUGACCUAAAACCCCGCCCAGCAGGGACUGCAUCCCUCCCCCGUCCCGGCUUUUCUUCUGUAGAUUGUUCUAUACAGACCUUAUAUAAAUAUAUAUGUUGUACAUAGGGAGAGAGAAAAAAAAAAAAAAAGAAAUAAUUAUACAUACUUAUUUUCUAUCGACCGAGCAGAUUAAUUUAAAAAAAAAAAACAAAAACAAAAACGCAGAACAAGACACAGAAACGUGGGUGGGUAUUUUUUAAAUGUUCUCUUUUUUUCUGUUUGUUUGUUUGUUUGCGGUUGGUUGGUUGUUGUUGUUGGGUUUUUUUGUCCUUUCUCUCGUCGGUUGGGUUUGUGGACUUUGGUUUCCCCUUCUGGGAGCUGCAUGCCGGAGCUGGGAGCCAGGCAGGUGCUGCUGCCACAAUUCCCUGUUUUCUCUCUAACGCUUUUCCCUCUCCUCCUCAUCCCUCUCUCCUCGCUCGUGUCCCGCCCGGAGCGAGACGGGGGCCGUGAGUGGGGACUCCUGGCUGCACAGGUAAGGGCCAAGCACAGGUAAGGGGCCAAGCACAGAAGCCAAAAACUGCCCCUCAGCCUCGCUGUGCCGUGGGUUUUUUUUGUUUUUUGGGUUUUUUUCCGCAUUUCUGUGUUUAUUUGGGGGUUUUAGGCGGACCUGGUGCCCGCAGAUGCCCCGUGGUCCAGGUGUCCCAUCACCCCCAGCUUUGCCACGCGUGAGUUUGGGUCUUUCUUUGCUUUCCCUGUGUUCUCUGGAUGCUGUUUCAGGCUCUGGGCAGGCAAAAGCCUCGCACAGACACUUCCCCUCCUUGCACAGUAAGUUCUCUCUUUCGGGUUUUUUUUUCCCCAGCUUAAAAAUUAUCUCUGCUUGCAGCUUGCUGGCACUGGGGGUUGGAGGACAACCCUUCGGGAUAUUUUCUCCUCCCUGGGGGUGCCAACAGCUCCGGGCACCGCUGGGAAAUUUGGGGGCAUCCAAAUGGUUGGGGGUUUCAAACCCAGGGCGCCCAUUUCCAAGCGUUUAUUUUUUGGUCUCCCCCCUCCCCACCGUCCUUCCCACCCUCUCCUCCUGCCCUCACAUUGGGUUUUUAAUAAAAUAAAAUACAAAAAAGCAGACUACAGUGCCUUUAGCCAGGAGGCUUCGGUGAGGGGUGAGUGUGGGAAGGUGCUGCCGUGCUUAGGGCGGGAGUGGAGCGGCCCCGAGGGAAGGGACCAACUUCCCACAGGCACAGGAAAAAAAGCACACGAUUUCCCCCCCCCGGGGAAUGCAGAUCCCGAGGGUUCCUCUCCUGUCCUUGCUGGGGAGGGGGAUGAAGGACACAAAACAAUUAGCAAGUGCCUGCAGCGCCCCGAGGGCCCCCACGGCAGGGUGAGAACCAAAGGAAGGUGGAAUUGUAGGGAAAUGUAGGUGGAAUUCCCGACUCCGAGGGUCGGCAAAACACGGGAUGUUGUUACUGUAGCUUUUGAUUUGGAACUAUUGUUUUUGGGAAGUGCUGCCCCCCCCAGCACGGACUCGGCUAUAGCACAGCCCCAGGCGCUGGGGAGGCCCCGGGAAGGGUCCCCACGGGGCCACUUUUGUCUCUUGUCCCCAUCCCCCGGGCUGGGGCUGGGCCGGGUGGCUCCAGGUUUUGGGGGGGGCUCCGUUUGUCUCGACUUUGACACCCCUUUUCUCCUUGUAAAUAGGCCAGGCUGGACUGUGGGAGGCGGCUGCCUCGGGCUGGGGUCUGUGUGGGGCUCGGGAGGGGGUGGUCUGGUUUUGGUUUUCCCUCUGUGGUACAAACCCGAUGGCUCUGUGUGUUUGCAUCCUGUACGGCGUUUUAAUGUCCUGUAAGAUAUCCCAGUAUCCAGGUAUUGUUCUUGGUUACACAUUUGUAUGGAUACAGCUUUGUAAAUGUAAUAAAUGCUGCAGACUGUC